CGGAGCAGAGCCCCGGGGAACAUGAGCAGCAACAGCCUCAGCAGCAGCGAUGGCAGCUCGCGCGCGGGGUCCGCCUGCUCCCGGCUCAUUGACGUGACCAGCAACGCGGCGCUGCUGCUCACCCCCUGCGCCGCGGCUGCAGCGCCCCCCGCCGCUGAGGUCCAAGAUCAACUCACCAUGAUGAAGAGACAAGUGGAAGAGAGAGCGAAUUUAACUGCUAUCUGUAGUGUUGGAAGAAACAAAGGAAGAACAGAGGCACAAAAGGGAGCUUAUGAUCACAUUCUUCUGGAUAUACCUGUCACUCGAGAACAGACAAAUCACUAUCGGGCUGUGGCUGAAACUGCCCGUAGUGAACUUGCAGCACUUCUGGUAAAGUAUGAAUAUGCCCAGUCAGAGCUUCUAGAUCUCAGAUCCAAAAUAGUCUCUAAAGAAGUCUCAUUGCAAGAGCUGAAGUCUGAAGUGGAAAGCUACAAGGAAAACAAUGCUAGACAAUCCUCUCUACUCCUCUCUUUGCAAAAUCGAGUUCAGGAGGUGGAGGAGGAAUCAGAUGUGCUUGCCACUUCCAAAAAACAGACAGACCUAACAGCACAUGUUUUGCUCCAGGAGAAUUGGGAGUUGAAGGAGAAGAUCCAUAACCAAGAAGCCAAACUGAACAAAUAUUUGAAUGAGUGUGAAGAAAGCAAGAAUCAAGCUUCUAAGAUCAGCUGGAAGCAUGGUGAAUUCUUAGCACAGCUUUCUGGAUUCCUGGACGUAGACAUCAGAGGAAAAGAGGAACCACACAAACAUUUAAUUUCAAAGGUCAAUCAGAUGCAUAAAGAAAAUACAAUGCUAAAAGGGCAGAUUGCUACUCUUGCAGAGGCUAUCAAUGUUCAUGAGAUAGAGUCAAAAGCUAGCAGAGAAACCAUCAUGAGGCUUGUUUCGGAAGUCAGCAAAGAGCAGAAAAAGGCCGUAGCCUACUCCCAAGACACGGACAAGCUUAGCAAGGAUCUGGACAGUGCUUUAACAGCCAAACAGAGUCUAGAGAAGGAGAUCAGAAGCCUCCAAGAUAGGCUGGCUGCUAGCCAGAGGGCUUGGGAAGCCUCAAAGCAGGAACUGCACCACCUGAAGAGAUGUUCCAGUGAGAUGGAUGGGAGUCUGAAAAGCAGCAUAGACGAGGCCAGGACUGCUCAGAGCCUGCUGAGUGCUUUUAAAGAGCAAGUUGCUACCCUUCUUAGCAACAGUUCUGUAACAGUUAAACCCUCUGAGGAGGCUAUCAUGGAGCGAGUUCGAGAACUUGGCCACAGGGAAGAGAGCAAAAAGAUAAUGGUGUCCCAGCUUGAAGCCCAAAUAGCUAAACUGACUGAGCAGCUGGAGAAUCAGACCAGAUUGCACCAGGAGGCUCUGCAAAAGGCCAGGAAAGCAGAAAAACAAUUUGAGACACUCCAGGAUCAAUUGAUGCGUCUGGAUGGGGAGUUGGUGUCUGGAGAUGUGAUGCGAGAUGAUUUGAAGCUUGAGAAACAAAAAUAUCUUAAAUUUCUGGAACAACUUUCGGAUAAAAUGAAGCUGGACAGCGUUGCAGCUGAGAUUGGGCUCGAUAUGAGUCUGGAUGCGAUUCUGGCCCGUGCAGAGCAGUUGGUCAAACUGGAAAGUGAUGCAGUGAUUGAAAACAAGACUAUGGCACACAACCUACAAAGGAAGUUGAAAGCUCAGAAAGAAAAGCUUGAGAGCAAAGAGCUGCAUAUGAACCUUCUGCGGCAGAAAAUAUCCCAGCUGGAAGAGGAAAAGCAAGUGCGAACAGCCCUGGCUGUGGAGAGAGAUGAGGCCAACCUCACCAUCAGAAAGUUACAGAAGAAGGUGGAGAGGUUACAGAAGGAGCUGGGCCUGGCAAGAGACUCGAACACUGAUCUCAAAGCCAAACUGUCUGACACCAAUGAACUGAAAGUCAAAACUCUAGAACAGGCUAGAACCAUUGAGGAACUAAACAAGUCUCAAGGCAAGCUGGAAAAGAUGAAGGAGAAGGCUGAGAAGCAGCUGAUCUGUGUCAAAUCAGAACUACAGUUUACGGAGCAUGAAGCUAAGGAGGAUAAAGAAAGGGCCAGGAGUAUGCUAGAAGCAGUUACCAGUGAACUGAAGGCGCUUAAAACAACCCUGGCAGAGGUAUCAAAAAGAGAAAGGCAGCUGGCAGAGUUCCGUGAGGUGGUCUCGCAUAUGCUGGGCCUUAGUGUUACCAGCCUUGCACUCCCUGACUAUGAAAUCAUCACACGUCUCGAGGGGUUGAUCCAUUCUCAUCAGCACCAUUUUGUUCCCUGUGUCUGCCUCAAAGAUGUGGCAGUGAGGCAAGAUGGACACUCGCAAAGCCACUUACAGCUUCUUCACUGAACAGUGCCUCUUUGAGAGACAGCCGGACAGAACUCAGCUGGCUCUUAUGCUGAUGUUCAUUUUCAACACUGAGUCCUGAGGGGAUUGUGGGUGAUUUGAGCAAAUAUUCCUAUAACCAUCUCUCUCUAAAUGUACAUAUGGAGUGAAAUCAUGGCCCCAUUAAAGUCAAGAGAAGGUUAGCAAUUGCCUUCAGUAGAGCUAGGAUUUCACCCACUGUACCGGCAGUGAAACAAAAUACAGAAAAGGAUCCAACCUAAAUUUUAAUUUCUUGCACUCUAGACACAGAAGUAUUUUUAAUAAGCAAUAUUUUUAAUACAGCUAAUAGGUGUCUGUUUCCCUGUCCAGGAACAAACAUAUGUAAUUCCUCCUACUCUUAAUGACAGUUAACUGUACAAUUUCACAUAGGUUGAUAAGAGGCAAGCCAUAUCACCCCCAAUAUAAAGCUUGUAUGUAAUCAAGGUCUAUGUGGGCUAUAGACCCGCCUCUGCUGCAUGGUUCAUACGACAGCCAGAUUGUGAAAGUUCUGUUGGGCAGAUAAGAGAGGUAGCUAUUCAGUUACAUCCCCCAACCAACACAUACUUCGCUCUCAUAAUUGUUAGCCCCUAUGCGCCCACUGUAGUUGAGCUUUAGCAGCUUAAUUGGGUGGUGGAAAGCCAGAGGAUAUGAAGUUAGGAAGCAGCAUGCUCUCCCCUUAGGGCAGUGUAAGUUGUGAUGCAACACACAUUGUAAUUCCAACAAGUUCCCUUUUGCAUAAUUAACAUACUGUAGAGGGAUUAGGUAGGAGCAUGUGGAUGGCACAAAACUAGCCAAUAUCCAUGCAGUAGUAUGGGAGCCCUGGAAUGGCCAAGAUCGACUCACAAUUAUGCAAUGUUCUUUCUAAUGGAUCUUGACUGCUACAAAAAUCAAGGAGGGGAACAGACCCUCUGGCCUUUUAGUUUUUCCUUCAGCUAAGAAUGAUGCAGUGGAAUUGAGGUUGCCCAGCUGCCACUUUCAAAAUCAGAGCUCCCCUUCUGUGCAUUUUUAUUCAUGAAGGGGUUUUAGUUUGGAUAAAUUUGAUUGUAUUUGUAUGCCAUAAAAGCACCACAUUUUUGGCAUGAAGAACUCAAUUCUUCCAGUAAUCUUCCUUUACUACUCAGUUGCCAAAACAAAGGUCUAAAGUUAUUUUCUGUCUCUUCAAUAUUAAUCUCUUCACACACUGUCCUGUCAUUUAAAUAUCACAGAUAUUUUUGAUGGGAUCAUGUCUUAUCUUUACUUCCUGAAAAGAAAAUCUGAUGAUGUCUUUUGUAGAGCAGCAGAAAUCUUUUCUUAGCUGUUGUAUUUGUCUGGCUGUUGCUUUUUAAGCAGUUCAAGUUGUAGCUCUACUUAAUUAAAAUUAAUUAAAAAUAUUCUGAUUCAAUGAAUCAAAAAGUUUAAUGACAAGAAGAAACUUCAUUUAAAAAAAUAAAAAAAGGACUAGGUCAACAUAUUGCUUCACUGUUGUCCAGAAAUGGCUUUUAAUUUGAAGAACUGAUUUUUAGUAGUGUCCCUUCAAGGUUUUAUAUAAUUACAUCAUUUAAA